UUGCGUCUCUGUUCUCGAAAAAAGAAAUAAGAACGUGAACCAGGUAUAUAGGUUAGCACAGGUAAGACGGAAUAUUUCCUGGAUGGCGCUGCCUUCUAUACGCUCCACGAUAUAGAGAGUAAUUGAGGUCCAAAUACAGCAUGACGUAGAGGGGAAAAAAGGCUCUAAUAACUGAGACACACUCGCAAUAAAUGCGUUUACGACGGAAUCUGAGCUGAAAUUAAGCUACAAAAAAAUUUCUUUAGCUGUUGUUGCUCUUCGGUCAAGAGUCGCGUGACUUUUGAUGAAUCACUGCCCGAAGGACAGAUACAUUUGAUAUGCUCUUCUUUCUGCACGCUUGUUGUCUACGCUUGAUCAGUUACAAAUCAGUUGGAAGGCAGAAAAGAAGCUCACCACAGGACAUCACUUUUAGUCUCUUAUAAACAUUUAUUGCAGACAACAAAAUGAGAUUUCGCAGCAUUUUCAUUAUCUGUUGUUUGCUUGUGGUCUUUGAAGUUGUGCAUCAAGUGACAGCCGAUCAGAGUGACCGAUGGAAUUUCAAACGACCUUUACAAGCAUUUUCCGAAAUGGUUUUGCGAUACCGACACGCGUUCACCUCGAAAAUGUCACCCAAGCGCAAGAACUUUGUCAACCUAAGGGAAAGUCAUCACCCAGCUCAAUGGCCGUGGUUAUCCGCAGUGACAUCGCCUUCAUCGGAUUGUAAAAUCGCACAAGUUGAUAAAUUCUACAGAGUCUCUUACCCGAUAAAUCAAGCCGUCCGGGACUACUCACCGUACAAUGAAGAAUGGCGGCCAAAAGUUCAGCAGCAAUUUCGCUCGGUGUGGAGCUCUGCCGACGAAGAAAAAAAUCCUCCUAAAUCACAUAACGUGAUGAAUACCAAUCCAUUCUGGCCAGAGGAUAAAACAACGGGCUACAAGGGACUGAAAUCCGACAAGAACUUGAUGGCACUAGAACAUUUUAGAUUGCGCUGCGAAAUGUUAAUGGACCCUUACGACUGUAUCUACUCCAGCCAGUUAAAUCGACUUAAAUACAAGUAUUAAUUCAUUUA